UUUUCUUUUGCUUUUUUUUUUUUUUUUUUUUUUUUGCCUUUGGUUUUGUCGCUUAUCCUUGGGAGAGGAAAAAAAAAAAAAGAAAUGUUUGUUCCUUCGGGUGGGUUUUGUUUGCGGAUGGAGAUGGGUUUGGGAGUGCGUAUGCGGUACGUAGGAGUAGCUAUCGUGAUGGUACGGGCUUUGUAUAUGGUAUAGAACGUUGGAUGGAAAGAAGCUAAGCUAGGUAGAUCUUUUGAUGGGGAAAUUAACCCCGGUCUCUUUCCUGUUAUGCUGUUUUUGGUAUCUUUCCUCGCUGCUGUGGGUGGUGGUGAUGGGCUGGGGGGGGGGUGUUUUUCCUAGUUCUUAUUGGUUUCUGGACAUAGGUUUUCGUCCUGGCGGAGAUUUUUCUUGGUGCGAAGUGGGUAGUUCGUGGUUAGUGGAGGGGUAAGGUGAUGAUAUGCGUGCGAUGUGCGGAGGGCUUUAACAUAUCUACUAGAAGGAGAAGAGCCAUCGUGUUUAAAUCACGGCAGUAUUCUUGUUGUACUAUCUCUCCCGCA